AUGGGGAUAACAAGCUCUUCUAUGACGUUCAGAUGCUAUAAGCUGGGGCUUAUAUUCUUGAAUAUCAUUUAUAUGGUAAGUUGGAAUUGAGGUAGUUUUUAGCUUUCUUCUGAACUGAAGCUCAAGCUUAGUAAGUGUAAGCUUACAUCAAUUGAAUGGCUGUGUGCUUUUACUUGUAAGAUUAAAAUCUGUCAUUUAGAAGAUCUAACACAACCUUCCCGUGGUCGUUACAAUUUAUGUUAGUCUAAUUUGUUCACGAAAUUUAUACCGUGAACGUGACUAUAUGCCUAGCUAACUUUUUAUGAAGAGUCAGACCCUUUUGCCCUUGAUCGACUUUCUACUUUUGACCAUCAUGUGGUUGAUUCGAACGCGUUCUGAGUCGGCAUUGACAGUAGUAAGAGUCGCAAAUUGAAAGCUAAUGGGACAUAGUGGAGUUAUUAUACAGCAAAAAAAAAAAUAGAUUGACACAAUCACACAUCAUAGCUGGAAAAAAAAAAAACCCCUCUAUUAAAAAACAAAUGCAAUUUACCUAAAUGAAAUCACCUCUUUAAUCCAUUUCCUUUUUGGUCAAUGUUUUACUUCUUCACUGUUUUAAACAAUUACCAGAACUUGUGCAAUUAAAGCACCUCCUCUCCCCUCUUACGGCUGACUAUCAAUCAAUACUAUUGGCCAAUGCACAGUUGACGAGUUGGCUGGCAUGUCAACUUAUGCAUGUUCCAGUCGGCCAAUUGUUGCUUGACAUAUUGGCCAAUUCAUGUUUGAUAUGUGGGGUGACAUAAAUCAGUCAAUAUGUCAACCACCAGAUGGGUGACAUGUCAAUCAUGCAUCAGCGAAAUGUAGACCGAUAGCAAAUCAGUCAACAUAUUGAUCAUUAGGCCACUAACAUUUCGCAGAUUCUUUUCUGAUACUUGGUUGACUCUUCUUCUGAAGUCAUAUUUCUUGACUACCAUAUUUACCUGUGUAUAAUGCACACUUUUUUUCACCAAAACCUGUUUCAAAAUUUAAGGGUGGGUAUUAUCCUCAGAAUCCUUUGUUUCAUGAACAAGUGUUAAAAAAUUAUUUAAUGCCAUGCUGAACAAAACAUUCAGUUGUAACCAGUGGAGUAUGGUGGGUGUCUGCAUAGCCUUUAUUGCAAUUCUCAUGAACUUGUGCAAAAAUGCUGGCUAUGCAGGCUAUUUUCAGCACAAGUUUAUUUUUCUAAUGUUACUCCAGUCUGUAUAUCAUAAUGGUAGCAUUGCAUGCUUUAGCAUUAUGCCAAAUGAAAACAUACAAUGUACAACAGUUGACCAAUAUUCUAACAAAAGUCAGCAGAUAUGCUGCCGAUAGCUGCUCAUUGUAACGUAGCACUAGUGGUAUAAGCCGAGUGUCAACAUUAUACACUUAAUGUCGAUCCUGAGGGAAACAGUUAGGUUUGUUUUCCCAAGAGUCCUGAUGUUUCCCGAGAUGAAGUUGAGGAAAACAUCAGGACUCGAGGGAAAACAAAACUAACUGGUUUCCUGAGGGACCUGACAUUAAGUGUUUUGUUAUAUUUCUAGACUUUCACUUCAACAGCAACAAAAGAAAAACCGGAACGAACCAGAACAGUCGACUCGGUACUUAAAACGACACAAAUUCAAUUCUCAAAAGCACUGAAUGAAUGAUUUACAAAGUACUUUCCUUAUAUUACCUGCAUCUUUUUCCUCCACUAGCUGUUGUUUUUCUUCUGGGAACUUCUGGGAUAACUUUAAAAAUCAUUGCUCUGUAGCUUGAGGCUUCGUGUUUGUGUUGUUGUGUUCAUUCACAGAAAAAAAACUGACAGGACCUGGCGGUGUUUUUCCCGCCUUCUGUCACACCACUUUCCACCAUGCUUUGAUCAUAGCGGGGUACAUUGCUUAUUGUAUCACGAUCGGGAUACAUUUGAUUUUAGUCAAGGCCACGUGACCAAGAAUCAACCAAUGGCAGUCCCUGUUUAGUCGAGUGAAAGUCUAGGAAUAUAACAUUAACUCCAUAAAAUACCCUGUGCAAGAGCAAACAAUCUGUUUAACCCACGUACAUGUCUGGCAUCACCUCUAGGAGUCAAACUCACAUCACAUUCUUUGCUCUCGUCAAACUUACUUUGAAUGGAAACCUUAUUGUUAACAUUUUAUUUUGUUUUCUGUAUUUUUCAGAUUGUAGGGUUGACACUCAUUAUUGUCCCAGUGUCCUUUAAAAUAAGUGCUGUAUUGACCAGCUGGCCUAUAGUGGGUGGCACUAUUGCAUGUGGAGUGUUUUUGAUGUUACUCUCUAUUGCUGGAAUUUAUGGUGCAAUCAAGCAUCAUCAGAUUAUUCUAUUUUUUGUAUCCUUUGUUGAGAUAAGUUUACCAUUGCCAAAAAUGAAUUGUAGUUUGGAAAAAAGAAAGAACAGAAAGCUUUCAGUGACUGGCAUAAUGGUAUGCCUGUGGUCUAGAUCAACUUUUCGUUGUUGCCAUGGCUAUAACAAUGAUCCAAAUUGUACAUAUCUAAGUCAGAGAGUUGGACUGGUCAAAGCAAUCUCUCUCUUGUUUCCGCAACAUAAAAUGCAACCACAAGCACAAAACUAAUUGUGUAAUGUCACAUAAACAGUGCACAUACAUGUGCUUAUGAUAAUAACAACCUGAAUGCACUACAGCUGGAAAUAUGGGCUUCUGUGAGGUGCCAUGUUUUUGUUGCCUGUGCUUACGUUUACACUCUUGCAUUAUAUUAUGUGUAAAUCACCCUUAAACUUCUGUAUCUUGCCAGAUACCCCUUCGUGAAGUUCAAUGUAAGAUCAUCUUGGGGAGUUGCCUUAGUUAAUGGUCUAAGGUGUUUAUCCUUGACUAGAUGUACAUGUAGUACAUGGCAAUUAUGAUUAUUGUGUUUAUUAUUCUCUUCUCUGUGUCUGUGGCCGCACUAUCAAUCAGUUCCAGUCAACAACGUGCACUUCUUAAGAAGGGCUGGGCAUCUUUGAGUAACAAAACAAAGGAAGAGUUUCAGAAGACAGGAGACUGCUGUGGUUUUGACCCCAGUUUUGAGAACAUUACAGAUGGCCCAUAUGGUCACCCAUCAUGUGCCCUGGUAUGGUUUAUAAGUAAAACCCAAUGUAUAUAAUUAGCCACACCUUUGUCCUAGAGUUAAAUGUGAGACUCAGAAUCAUGACUGUGGGUGCUUGGAUCUACAAGGCCAUCUGCUUUUUGGGAUAUAAACUGUGUGGUUUGGGGACAGAAAUAGUAUAAAGAACCUAAAUGAAUAAUCAUUAUUAAUAUUUUUAGAACUUUCUGAAAACCACAAUAAUUGACUCCAGAGAAAGUGAAAGAGUUAAAGUUUCUUUCAAGAAACCUCACAGUGAUUUGGAAUUGGUGUGUACAUGUUUAUGGGUCUUAAAUUGUGACUAGCUGGUUGCCAAUGUACCUAGAAAUAGCCAGUGACCAGAAUUUCAAGGCUGGUCACCAGAUGGCUUCUGUAUCACAGAGGUAAUUUUGGACCCAGAAUUGUGAGGGAACUAUAGAUAUUUCCUUACUACACCGUUCAGGUUCCUUGUUGUAGUAACAAUACAAUGUUAGAGGUUUAUUUGAACAGCAUUUAAAAGAUUAUUGUUCAUUUAAGAUAAUUAUUUCUGGUUCUGGCUGGCUUAUGUCAGCUAAUAAAACUUUGAACACCAGGCCCCAGUUGUUCAAAAGUUAGAGAGCGCGAUCCAACGGAUAAAUCAGUAUCCCGCAGAUAAGUGUUAGGGAAACCAAUUGUGCUAUCCAGUGGAUAGAAACUUAUCCAGUGGAUAGCGCUAUCCAGCUUUUGAACAACUGGGGCCAGAAAUAUUUUAGGAAUACCAUAAAUCCUCUAUUGAGCCCUCUGGGGGGCUUAUUUAGUUCAAGCCCAUUUGAGAGGGGGCUUAAUAGAGAUGGAGGCUUAUUUAAUUAAUUUAGAAAAGAUGAUGGUAUCAGUUGUUCAUAAAGAACUAGAAUACAAAGUGGAAACGCUCAAGUACAAGAAGGUUGGAGGUCAUGCAGUCAAGGAUCAGAAUCAAAUCCGAACUUCCAGUUGGUAAAUAAACCAUCCUGGAUCAGUCCACAUGAAGUAUUACAGUCGUGAUUGAUUAAUACAGUCUAUCAUAUAAUGGUGAAGAAUAAUUAGGGGAGGGGAGGGGAGGGAGGCUUAUUAAUUUUCUUCCCCUGAAAAGGGGGUGGGGGGCUUAUUAGAGGGAGGGGCCUUAUUUGAGAGGAGGGCUUAAUGGAGGAUUUAUAGUGUGUACUGUUUUAUGACCAUUUACAUUGAAUAGAAGGAUAUGCUAGCAAGACACAAAAGCACAAACAUAUUAGCUGUUGCUGCUUACAGUUUAUUUAUACCUAGACUGAUCAGCUCUUCAUUUGCAACACUAUAAUAUGCAAAAUUUUACAAUUUCAAUAUACAAAUUACAACUUUGAAAUUUUACUAGUGUUCAAAAUUGGUUUUAUGUCAAGAUGGCGACGAAGUUUUAAAAUGUUUUCAAAAAAAAGACGCUUUAAAAACCUUACAUCAAGAAGGACUCUAACAGGUAUUUUGGAAAAAUUCUGAACUUUAAUUCAAGGUCUAAACGUUUGAGAGAGUAAGGAUAAACAUGUCAAACUGAAUCCAAGAUUGCUAACGUAAUUCGUCACCCAUGAUAUUAAUAGGUAAUCAAAUGUAUACUCGUGAAAUUAGGGAAUAAUUUCACUUGUGUUUUUGUCCAAUCCUAAUAAUUUCCCUGCCUAAAGGCGUUGUGUUCUGUUUAAAACGCUUUACCGGUAUUCUGAAAAAAAAAAAAAACUAUGUGGUUUAUUGGUGUUGAAGUAGAGCAAGAGUUGAUCAUAAAAUAUCCAGUCAAAAUUUCACUAAAUAAUGUCAUUUCCUGCAACCAUUCUUAAUAACCAGACAAUGGCAUGGGAGUUUACUUUAAAUAAUAAAAUAUCCAGUAAAAGCUGUUUUGAUGAGGAAGUGGUGGAAGAUUGGAAACAUAAUGCAAAAGCAAAAUAGCCAAAUCACUGCCUCAAAAACAGCAAGAUUACACAUAAUUACCACUUGAAGGAUAACUACAGCUUUUAAGAUAAUAUCUGCCUGAAAAAAGCAUCACACUGCCAAGGAACCGGCAAAUGUUUUGUAGACUGGAAUUUAUAAUUAUCAUACUCAGCCUCAUCCAAUAAUAUUAUUAUUUUAUUGUUGAUUGUUUCACUAAUAUUUUCAGCUUACAUGUUGCACCAAUCACACCGUUAGUUGCCCAGGUCAGUGUGACACAUGCUAUGAUUACCUUACAAACAAAGGACUAAAAACAGUUAAGAAUGAUGUCGGAGGUAUUGGACUCUUCUUUAGUUUUACACUGGUAGGUAAAAAUUAUAGAAAUAACUAAUAACAAUAAUAAUAAUUAUUAUUAUUUAUUUAUGUUUUCAAGCUUUAUUUUAAUACCACGCCCAUUUUCAACAGGAACUAUAUCGUACAUCAGAGGCAGCUCUGAAACUAUCGUACCUAUACUACAACCUUACAAUGGUUGCAUGCAUUGCAUACAAACUGAUAACCACUUUAGACAACUGCUUACAAAAUAUCAGGGACAAAGACAGACCAGAGGACAGACAGGGAGCAGUAUGCAAGUUGUUGCAACUGCCCGGCCACUUAUAUUGGUGAGACUAUAAGAAACCUUAGCAUUCGACUGACUGAACAUGCACGAUCAACAAGAAAUGGUGAACACCAUUUACAGAUGAAACAUCAAAUUGACUAGGACAGUACAACAUGUGUGACAUAUUGUGUAUUCUUAUGACUUCAAUCAUCAACUCAUCCUAGAAAGCUGGUUUUCUAACUAACCGCCACCAUGCAAAUGACUUAUUGAUAGACUCAAGCAAAACUGACAACGAUAGAAUGACUAGACAAUGUGCAAUUUGACUAAUAAUAUACGUUUGUUUUACUGUCACAAAAGACAGAUCGAAACACACCAAUGACAUUUAGAGGCUUCAUAGCCAAUAUUAUCAUGGCUUAAAUAACUGACAGACCAUCAAUAACAAUAACAUCGCAACUCAACUGACCAGUCAGGUCAAUAACCAGAGUUAAAUGCCAUCCACUGAUGUGAUACAAUUCACUUUGACUCUGAAGAUGACUACCGCACAUGUUGCCAAAAUGUCAGUCACUGUCAAGAGCAGUCGUGACCACUCACCUAGACAAUCAUAUUCCACUUAUGAAAUUACUCCUGGUUUCAACCUUUCACAAAAUGUUUUGAUUGUACGUUAUAUUUGGCAUAAAUACCACUUGCAAUAUUUCAAAAUUGUCUCAAAUUUGACUCGCCUAACGGCUCGUGAAAUUUCUUGUAAGAAUUUUGAAAUAUCACUCGUGGUAUUUAUGUCAAAUAUCACUACAAAUCAUGCUAUUACCUAUACUCAUACUACUACAUGAGAAAUUUCUGCAAUUUGAUUGGCUCUUAGCAGUGGUGUUUCAGUUUAAUUUGAAAUAACUACUUGUGAAAAUUACAAACCUUUUGUGGGAAGUAGUAUAAACAAAUAAUAGUAUGAUUGGUACGUGAUAUUUGGCAUAAAUACCACUUGUGAUAUUUCAAAAUUGUCUCAAAUUUCACUCGCCUACUGGCUUGUGAAAUUAGUAUGUGUAAUCAAAUGGUGACGGUGACGAGCCUAAAGGCUCGGGAAAUUAUUAGGAUUUGGACAAAACACAAGUGAAAUUAUUCCCUAAUUUCACGAGUAUACCAUUUGAUUACCUAUUAAUAUCAUGGGUGACGAAUUAUGUUAGCAAUCUUGGAUUUUUGACAUGUUUAUCCUGGAUCGUAUCGAUCCAGAACUCUACUCUCUCAGAUGUUUAGACCUUAGAUUUGGCUUAUAAAGUUCAGAAUUUUUCAGACUUUUUCGGAAAAAUACCUGUUAAAUCCUUCUUGGUUUUCUCUUGUGUGUUCAGGUUUUCUAAAGCGUCUUUUUGUGCCCUGACAUCUUCGUUCACGGUAUUUUAAAACUUCGUAGCCAUCUUGACACUGAGACGUACGGAAGGGUUGCCAUGGCAAUUUUGUAAUUUCACAUGAUUGAAAUUUUGUACCAAAAUUAAGGAGUAAAUUCAUCACCUAUGAUAUUAUGUAUAACAAUUUUGAAAUAUCACUCGUGGUAUUUAUGCCAAAUAUCACUACAAAUCAUGCUAUUACCUAUACAAAUUUGUUAUGAGGUCAAACCAUGCUUGCCCUGCUUAAUAUGGACAGUUUGCUUUGUCCCCAGGGAGAGAAAGCCCUUACAUUAAUUUUUCUCUAAAUUCAACCCGCUUAAGAUGGGCACCUCAUUAACAUAAUAUGGACACUUUCUAUGGCCCCCUCAGUGUCUGUAUUAACGAGGUUUGAAUGUACUAUAAAAUUAAAAAAGUAGUGGUCCCUCCAAAAGAAACAGCUCACGUUAAGUAACCUGUAAAUUUUGACCUUCCUAUUGAACCCCCAAGAGUAGAGGCCCUUUUCAUGAGCCAAACAUAAUUCAAAGUAAGACCCGAAUUACCUUUAGACUUGCUGAAUUGUUUCAGAGGCCAAUCUUAAUUUAUUGUAGCUGAACUUAAUUCAAAAGGAGAAGGCUGGUGCUCAUUUAGUUCAAACUGCUUACAAAAUUGUAUAAUAAUUUCUGCAUUAGGUUCGGUACAUAAAAAGGUCGGUAUCUGAAUCAAAGCUGUUCUAAAGUCAAAAUUCCCAGCUGGGCUAAGCAGAAAGAACGGCUUAGCCAUUCCAAAUUGAAGCAGGCAUUCCUAAUUGAUUCAGACACUGAACUUUUCAUGUACUUAAUUCAAUGUAUUAGGUUAAGCUCAUGAAACGUUUGGUGUUUGAACAGAGCCUUACUGUAAAUGGUGAAUGAAGAAUUUUGUUUUAGAUAACUUAUAGAAUAAUAAUGUAGAAAUAAUAUCUCAAAAAGUGUCACAAGUGGUAGUAAACACUGUGUUUAACUCUUUUUCAGUCUAAGAGAAAUCAUCAAACUACACAAUAUGAUAUUGAGAUGAAAAGUUGAGGCAUGUGUGUGUUGUAGUUAAUUUUUUAUCUCAGGUAAUAUUUAUUUUUCCUUUGUUUCAACUUCAUUAGCAUACAUUAUGAUACCCAAAAACAAAAGAAAAACAAAAAUUGCUGAGAUAAAAAAUUGACUACAACAUGUACAUUUACUUGUUAAUAGUGGCACAUGCAUAAGUUUAAGUCACACUUCAAAUGAAACUGAAAUUGAUGUUGAAUUUUAGUCCGGUCAGCUGAACAGUUCCAAGCUUGAAAAUGAUUCCUAUUUCACAGUGUUUUUUUUGGAUGUUCGUUUCAUUGCAUAAAACCAUACCAGGACAUCAGAAAUGCUGUGACCUGGCAUUUCAACUCUGUGGGUCACAGUAUUGAUGUUCUUAAAGUUUAACAUAAGAUACUGGAAUGUGAAAUAUAUGACUCCUCUUUCUCAUUUAGUGUGCAAAGUUCCAGCAGGCUUGUGACAUUGGCUGCAGCCAUACUUAGCAAGUUAACUGCAUUAGUUUUUUCAAUAACCCACUCAAAAGUUUUUCUAAAUGAACGGUAACCCGGUUAAGAGGGAAGUUGCAUCUUUUUAGCCGGGUAAUUUUAAUUACUAGUAUUGGAGCCAUUGUGCCCCCCCCCCCCCUCCCCCCCACCCUGUUAUGUAUUUUUGUUCAGUUUAUGGAUGUUGUAUUAGAGCAUGUAAUAAUCAGUGGACUCUAGUAUCCUUGCUAUAUCGUGAGUUGAAAAGAUUUAAUUGCCAUAAUGCAAAAGGAACAGCUUGAGUACUGGACUAAACAAUGUGCAGAAUCAUUUUGUUAUUUUAAGCGUAACUUAAUUGAAGCUUGCUGACGAUUAUGAUUUAAAAGCUCCACAUUAUUUAAUACUUCUCUUUUUUUUUCUUCCUUCUAGUUCGUUGGAGUUUACAUGGCAUUCCGUUAUCGUCAUCUCAAAGACCCAAGAGCAAAUCCAAGUGCUUUUCUAUGACAUUAACUAUCACUGGAUGUCCAGGUAAUGCCAGUGUCCUGCCCAGAAAAACUGAGGUAGCAGCUACCAUGAUCUUGAUGCUACUCAUAACUUUGUCAACAAAAUGAUCUCAUUUGCCAGAUCAGAGAUCACUGCCUUGUUAGUGUGGAAAUCUUUGACUUUUACAUGGAUGACAUCUAGGUGGACAAAAUUAAUUGUGUUUGUUUGCAAAAUUUUAGGUUUCCAGUGCUGUGGUUGUCAACAGAGCUCAGAUUUAUUGUUGCAAAGGACUGAGGGCUGGUUUUUGAAACAGAGUUUAGACAGGGUUAAUCAAACGGUGCUCUUAGCCAUUUUCAAUUUGCCAACCUUCCUUUCAAAACACUCUUUGUCGUUAAAACCAUUUGUUUACUUGAUGCUUGAAAUAAGCCACAAGUUAACACACUUUUUGGGCCACUGAUUUUAUUAAACUGCAACGGUUAGACUUCGUUUUAAUAUGUGUCCCUGAGGUUAAAUAAUGUAAAUGACUACUGUAAUCAAUCACUCUUUGCUAACGAGGGUUGCCAACUGAUGGUUUGACUUGGAAAAAUUGUACCUUGAAUAGAUCAGCCUUGUCCCCAGGCCAGUUGGCACCAUGCGAGUGAGUGAAAGGCUUGGAACCAAACAACAAGCUUGAUGAGUGACGUCUUACUCAACUUCGGGAACAAGGGUGUGAAUAGAAUGUUGCUUAUGUGAGGUGCUUGACUCACUGCAAUAAUUUUCAAUUGCAACCUUUAUGAUUAGUGUUAGUAAGCUUACAUGUACCAUGAAGAAUGUAAAUGACUCAAAAACCCUUUCCUUAAAUAAACAAAAUAAUGUACAUAGAGAGA